AUGGAGAAUUACGACGUGAAGUUUCUCUACAGCUAUGGCGGCGAGAUCCACCACCGCCCCAACGACAAGAAGAUUUCCUACGUCGGCGGCCACAACAAGCUCCACUACGUUAACCGUGGAAUCGACUUCACCGCCAUGCUCGCUGAACUCUCCGCCAUCUUUCACGCCGCCGGUGACAUCCAUUUCAAGUAUCAGCUCUCCGGCGAUGACUUCGACGCCCUAAUAUCCGUCACCAGCGACAGCGGCCUAAACAGCCUGAUGCUUGAGUAUGAUAACCUCUACAGAGAUUCCCCUAAAACCGCUCGGAUGAGAUUAUUCAUAUUCCCUGGUAACGGUCCUGAUUCUGCGUCCACCCAACCUUUUCCAGCUAAACUGAAAUCCAAAGUCAACGGCGGUGCUGUUGCGCCUCUGCAAAUUAUGCCGGUGAAGUUCCAAGAUCUGCCACCAGUUAACAAUUUUAAUACCUCAAACCGGGUGUUGGAUUCGGAUCCAAAAGUGAAUCGACCGGUCGAAGAUUCCGGUUCUUCCCGUUUGAAUAGUCCGUUACCUGCUUUACAGUAUUGUUUUCAUCAGCUUCAGAGGUGA